UAAACAUCGGCUGUUUUGUAUCCAUGUAAAAAUUGUGUUGGAGAUAUCAAAUUAAGUAAAGGUUUAAAACAUCGAAAUUUAUUCAACGUUAAACGUACAGAUUUAAAUUAUUACUGCAAGCAAGGCUAUGUUGGUGCUCUUUGUGAAGAUUGUGAUAGAAGUGGCUAAAGCUGGGGAGAUUAAUAUUACAUGAAUUUAGAUUAAAAAUGCAAAAAAUGUAGCGAUAUCACUUUUACAGAAAUCAUCUAUCCAUUGAUUAUAUUAAUAUCCAUAAUAGUAAUACCUCUAUUUACAGCUAAUAGAAUGCAUAAUUAUUUAAAAAUUAAGUUAAUGGCUAAAACAAUUUAUGUGCUUUUUAAAAAGUUUUAUGGAAAUCACUACUCUAAUGAUAUUAGAAUUAUAAAAUUCUUUGUUUUUUAGUUAUCAAUUAUAGGAAUAAUGUUUAGUUAUGAUAGUAAUAUACCUAAUAUGCUAAUACGUUUAUUUGUUGAUAUUGGUAAUCUGUUUCCUACUUAAUUAAGGGUAACAGAAUGCUUCUUACAAUAAAUUUUUUAAGAAUCUAGGAUAAUUAAUAAUAGUAUUUACCUAUUUUUAGGGAUAUGUUUUUUUGUAAUAAUUUACUUGGCCAUACAUAACACCUUUAUAAAAACAAAAUUCAAAUACAAAGGUACCAUUAAAGAAAUGGUUAUCUCCAUAAGUAUCUUUCUUUACUUUUCACUGAUUGCCAUAUUGUCAAAGAUUUUUAGAUCAGUUUAUUGCUAGAAAUUUGGUGAUGUAGAAUUUGUAAUGGAAUAUUUAUCUUUAAAUUGCAGCUUAGUAUUUUAGACUUAUUAUGAUUUGUCAGCCUUAAUCUUGGUAAUUGUAGCUUUAUUAUCUCCUUUUGCUUUGAUUAUAUUUAGACUUUACAGAGCUAGAUAUUUCUUAAAAAUGUAUAAAUACGAAUAUCUUUAUGGUUUUUUUACAUUAGAUUAUAAGUAAUAAUUUUAUUUAUGGGAUUUUGUGAAAAUUGGUUACAAAUUAAUACUUUUCUUGAUCUUCUACUACUCUUAUUUAAUUAGCUAAUUAUAGAUAGUAAUAUCUAUCAUAAUUUCCUUAUCUUACAGUCUUUUAGUAUUUAGAUAUAAGCCAUAUGAAAGCGAGAAAUUAAAUUAGAUAGAUUUUAAAAUUUAAUAUUUAACAGCAAUUUGUUUUUCAAUCAAUACUAUGUAAUAGAGAAUAAACUAACAAUAAUUAGAGCUUUUAUGCACAAUUGGUUUACUAUGUAUAGUAGCUCUUAUCUUACAUUUAAUACUCUUUUAACUUAAUCACUAUUAAAUGCCUAAAUAUAUUAAAAUUAUUAAAUUUUUCUAAUCAAAAUCACCUAAAUGUGAGUAAAUAAUAUAAAAAUUAGGUUUAGAUUAGCAUGUUUAAAGAUAUUUAAGGGUUCAAAUGACGUGGUAAAAAAUAAGACAAAUUUUUCCUAAGCUAAAAUAAUUGAUUUACCUAAAAACAAAUAUUUCAUAGUGUGGCUAAAUUGAUAUAUUAAAUUAAUUAUAUUCAAAUAAUAAGAUUUAAAUUUAAAAUAAAUCGAUGAAAACAAUAUCAUAAAUUAUAAAUACUCAAUGA